AUGUCCAAUGCAUUUGACCUUUCCCUCGAGUUAGAGACGAAGAACAUCAACAUUGCUCGGUAUCUCGCAAUUGCAACAUUUACUCUUGUAAUAUACGAGUAUUUUAUAACGCUCGACGACGAGGCGACCAUUGCAAUUGCCUUUGCCGUGGUUUAUAAAGCCGCCGGAUCCUUUGUAGAAGUAGGAAUUCGCCCGUAUGAUUCCGGCUGUGUGCUUCUCUUGACUAGCAAACUUGGAUGGGUUCCGUUCUUCACGUUUUUGACUGAGGAGAUAAUCCUCCUACUGCUGAUCAUGGCGAAAGACGAUGAUUUUCGGAGGACUCCAACCCGGCGACUGAUAAUAGUUUUGGUGCAAGAUGGCCAGGUUUACUAUUCUUGCAUGAUAAUUGUUACAAUCGUGAAUCUGCUUGUCAACUCCGUUGUUCCUAACCCUCCGCCGUUUUAUGGAAGCGUACUCGAAGCUGUGCUUCAUAACAUUGUCUGCAUACGGCUUUCGGCUCACUUAAUCAAAGUGAAUGAAACGUCUGCAUCAUUCACACUCAGCAGUACUUGUGUAGGGAAUAGUCGAAAUAGUCGACUUUGA